AAUCUGACCCGUCAAUGUCGCUGUCAAUACGGCAUACAUCAAAAGAGGGUAUAAACAUUUUGUGAUCAAAAGCACCCGGACAGGCCUAAAACAUGGAUCGACACGGAAAGAUCAUCUUCUACGAGGACAAAAAUUUUCAAGGUCGCUACUUUGAGUGCAGUAGCGAUUGCCCCGAGCUGAGCUCCCAUUUCAGCCGCUGCAACUCCGUCAGGGUAGAGAGUGGGGCGUGGGUCAUCUACGAACGACCCAACUACAUGGGCUCACAGUAUGUCCUGACGAGGGGGGAGUAUGCCGACCCCCAGCGCUGGAUGGGCUUCAACGACACCAUUAGGUCCUGUCGUCUUAUCCGAUAUACUUAUGGCAUUUACCGCCUCCGGGUUUAUGAACGUCCUGACUUCCAGGGACAGAUGAUGGAGUUUAGCGAUGAUUGUCCCUCUGUCUAUGACCGCUUUAGGCACCGUGAGAUUCACUCCUGUCACGUGAUGGAUGGGGCGUGGGUCUUCUACGAGCAUCCCAACUAUCGUGGCCGUCAGUACCUACUGGAGAAAGGCGAAUAUCGCCGGUACACGGAGUGGAAUGCAAUGUAUCCUGGUGUGGGUUCUUUCCGCCGCGUACUGGACUUUUAGACCAGUGUCCUACUAGCACCUGUGUUGAAAUAACUGUUAUGCUAUGCCAUUUAAUAAUAAAAAACUUUUGAGCUCA